AGACUUGGAGUGUGGACACAAUACGCUCUGUAUCUAAUCCCUUGAGACUUCUUCUGGUUUCUCCAAUUCUGUCUCUCUCUUUUUAGCUCAGACAUUAAAUGGCUGCUGCUGCUUCUUCUUCGACAUUUCCACCACCAUGUCACCACCUUCCCCAGCUUCAUCAAAACCACACUAAAUCCCUUUCUUCUCUUUUUAAACCCAAAUCUCGAACCACCAGAUUCUCAAUCCGACCUCUAUCAAUUUCACCAAAAGCAUCUCUUUCUGACCCAUUCGUCCUUCAAAUCGCUGAGACCCUUGAAGAUUCAAAUUCAUCCUCAUCUUUAAAACAAUCCCCAAUUCUUCAAAAGCUAAGAGAAUCUUCUUCUGAAUCUAUUCUAUCUCUAUCUUGGCCUACUCGUAAAGAUGAACCUUUUCGAUUCACUGAUACUUCUUUCAUUAAGAACUCCCAGAUAUCUUCGAUUUCACCGGACCCAGAAUCAAAUCUCGUCGAUUUUGAAUCAGAUGGGGGUGAUGAUACUGAAACCCCAAAUAUCGUCAUAGUUGAUGGUCAAAUUGUCAAUUCUCUGUCUAAACUUGAUGAAUUACCUGAUAAUGUCUACGUUGGGAGUGUUUUGGGUAUAGAUUCAGAUGAAAUUAGGGAAAAAGUUAUGAAAUUCGUGUCAAAUUUUGAAGAUAAAGAUUUGUUUUGGUCUUUGAAUGGAAUUGGAGCACCCGAUGUUACUAUUGUAUAUGUUCCAUCUGAUUGUUUUGUUGAAAAACCAUUGCACUUUAGGUUUUAUUCUCAUGAAACAAGUGAAAUUGGUUCCAGUAAUUUGCCCAUGUCCAAUCCUAGGGUUUUGGUGUUGGUAGAGAAAGGAGGUGAAGUUGGGAUUGUGGAGGAGUAUUUGGGUGGGGCUGAAGAUAAGUGUUACUGGGUUAAUUCAGUAAUGGAAGUUCUAAUUGGUGAAGGUGGGAAGGUUUCACAUACUUAUGUACAGCAACAAGCUCCAAGUGCUGCCCAUUUCAAGUGGACUUCGGUUCGCCAGGAAUCGUCUAGUACAUACAAGCUUGUAGAGAUAAGUUCUGGUGGGAAAUUGAGUAGGCAUAAUCUUCAAAUUCAACAAGUAGGCCCUGAUACAAUAACAGAAUUGAGCACCUUUCACAUAUGUGUACGUGAUCAAACACAAGAUCUUCAUAGCAAGUUAAUUCUAGACCAUCCAGGAGGUGUUGCUGAACAACGUCAUAAAUGCAUUGCAGCUCAUCCGCGGAGUCAAGUUGUGUUUGAUGGUAACAUUAAAGUGAACAGACUUGCGCAACAGACAGAUGCUGCCCAGCUCUCAAGAACCCUCCUACUUGAGGAUAGUGCAACCGUGAAUAUGAUGCCAAAUCUACAAAUAAUUGCAAAUGACGUUAGCUGCUCUCAUGGAGCUACAGUCUGUGAUGUGGAUGAUGAUCAGCUAUUCUACUUGCUUACUCGUGGCAUCGACUUAGAGACAGCAAGAAAGUCCUUGAUUUUUGCCUUUGGAACUGAGGUGAUGUCACGUUUGCCUUGUGAAUCACUUCAGAAAAAGGUGGAGAGGCACAUUCAGAGAUUGCUAGACCCUGCUCCAUCAUAACCAAGUCAUGAUGUGAAUACUGUGUGUUUUUUGUAUCUGUAAUUUUGUACCCAAAAAGAAUGCAAGCUAGGUUUUCUUUUGAGACAACUGCUAUGUAGUCAAGGAAGAAAAUGAGAAUCAAAGGAAAAUAAUGAGAUUAAGUGGCCAAUCUUUAAUCA